AUGUCGACCCCAAAAGAGAAAACCUUUGAAUCACUGGGCAUUAUUGAACCUUUAUGUAAAGCGUGUGAACAAUGCAAGUAUAAAACACCUACGGAAAUACAAGCAGAAGCUAUCCCUUGGGCAUUACAAGGAAGGGAUGUAAUUGGACUGGCACAAACUGGAUCAGGUAAAACAGCAGCAUUCGCUUUACCUAUCUUGCAAGCAUUAUGGGAAGCACCACAAGGAUUAUUUGCUUGUAUAUUAGCACCAACCAGGGAACUGGCGUUUCAAAUAUCAGAAAUGUUUGAAUCUUUGGGAUCUGUAAUAGGGGUUCGAUGUGCAGUUAUAAUCGGUGGCAUGGAUAUGAUGUCGCAAGCAAUUGCUUUGUCUAAAAAACCACAUAUCAUUAUAGCUACACCUGGAAGACUUCAGGAUCACUUAGAAAAUACAAAAGGAUUUAGUUUAAAAAAUUUAAAAUAUUUGGUUAUGGAUGAAGCUGAUAAAUUGUUGGAUAUGGAUUUUGGUCCAAUAAUUGACAAGUUAUUAAAGGUUAUUCCUAAAGAGAGACAUACAUUUCUUUUUUCGGCUACCAUGACUACGAAAGUAGCAAAGUUACAAAGAGCUUCAUUAAUGAAUCCAGUAAAGAUCGAAGUUUCCUCAAAAUACUCUACGGUGUCCACGUUACUCCAAUAUUAUUUAUUUUUUCCAUUCAAACAUAAAGAUUGUUAUCUUGUUUAUUUAUGUAACGAAUUGGCUGGUAAUUCAUUGAUCAUAUUUACCAGAACAUGUAAUGAUACACAAAGACUGGCAUUGUUGUUACGUAAUAUGGGAUUUCCCGCGAUUCCAUUACAUGGACAAUUAUCACAGGCAAAAAGAUUGGGUUCUUUGAAUAAAUUUAAAGCAGGAAGUCGAAAUAUUUUGGUAGCCACAGAUGUUGCGUCAAGAGGGCUUGAUAUACCUCUGGUGGAUGUAGUGAUUAAUUUUGAUAUACCAGCAAAUAGUAAAGAUUAUAUACAUAGAGUUGGAAGAACGGCAAGAGCAGGUAGAUCCGGUAAAUCCAUCACAUUAGUAACGCAAUAUGAUGUAGAAUUAUAUCAAAGAAUCGAACAUGUUAUUGGUAAAAAAAUGGAUGUAUUUCCAAUUGAUAGUAAAGAUGAUGUGAUGUUAUUACAAGAAAGGGUUAGCGAAGCUCAAAGAAUGGUGACAUUGGAAGGUAGCAAGAGGAUUAAAAAUGAUGAUGAUUUUAGAGACAAAGAAGAUAGAGAUAUUAUUCAAUCUAAUAAACUUGUAUUCAUUUCUGGAAUAUUUACCGUAGGAGGAGGAGAAUGGGGAACGAGAGGAAUGAUAGGAGUCAAUUCUUUACCUUUAUUACCAAGUACUAAUCAAACUGAAGAUAUUUCUCAUUCAUCGGCACAUUUAGUGAAACGUAUAGAUCCAGUCGAACAUCAAUCAAAAUCAAGCACCUCUAAUCAGGAAGAAAAUGAUGAUGUCGAAUCCAAACAACCACCAUAUCCCACUAGUCAUAAGGAUGAUAACAAUAAGGGGAAAGACGAUGAGACGGAACAAAACAACAAGAAUAAUGGUAAUGAAACACAGCCCGAACAGUUAAUACAUCCUGAUCAAGCUAAGGAAAAUGAAGACACCGCCAAACAAGUGAAAGAAGAAGCCAUGAUCAUUAGGAAAGUUAUCAUCGUAUUGGGUUCUCUUGGUGGGAAUGGAAGUGGAAAGAGGGAUAAUGGAGGUGGUGUAGGUAACGGAGAAGCGAGUAUGAAUGAUGCAUUUGCUUCCGAAAAAUCAAGUAUGGGGAAUAAUUCUAAUUCGACAAAUGUUAUGGAUAACGAAGUUGGUGGUGUCAAUUUUCGGGUUGUCGGUAACAAUGAGAUGAAUCAUGAAACUUCGGAUUCUGUGCAAUACCAUCACCCACCCGUACAACUUAGUUCCAUACGGCAAUUAACGCCUCCCGUGCAACCAUCUGCUCCGCCUGCCGAAAAAGUGGGAGAUACCGAUUCAGACAUUCAAAUCGAUAAUGUUACAUUUUCCACUCCAAUUUUAACAGCUCCUCCGGCUUAUUCGCCCACCGCUCCUCCAAUAUACGCUUUACCACAUAUUCCAAUCCCCGAAUUCGAUGGUUCUGUUAGAGAUAUGAUUUUAUAUAUGGACGGGAAUAAUAAUUACCAAUUAGCUCAACAGCAAAAUUUACAAAAUUCUGAUUCGAGAAAUAUUAAUCAUAAUAAUAAUGGAACUUUUAUAAGUUUACAUUCUUCUGUCUCUUUACCUCCUCUUAAUACUGGUGUUUGGUACGCUGCUGGUCCAACGUCGCAAACAAAUACCCCUAUUGAUGUUACUCCUCAUCAACAAUCAAAUCAUCCCAUAAUAAUACAAUCCAUUCAUUCCCCCUCGAACUUAAAUUCGCAGAAUUCUACAUCGAAUUUACAUUCAUUUUCGGAUUCAAUUGAGAAUAAUGAAAAUAAUAGUCCCACACAUCAAAGACAUGAUCCAUCGAUAAUAUAA